AUGGCAAGUGACGAGCAAUUAACUAAUAAUGUUCAUGAUAAUGGCCAAAUCUGUCCAGAAGAAGAGAUAUCAAAUCUCCAACCGUAUCAAAAUCAACUGAAAUCUAAGAAGAAUUCAUGGCACAGGCUUCGUCGUUACGAUUCACUCGAUAUCGAAUCGGCGAAGUUCUCUCGAGCCGAUCCAGCUCACGGCGGCGGUAAGGGAUUGGAGUCAUGGUUUGUGCUUCUGCAACUUGCGUUUCAGAGUUUAGGCAUUGUGUAUGGAGAUAUCGGAACGUCGCCGUUGUACGUUUAUGCCGGCGUAUUUCAAGAUGGAAUCAAGCAUAAGGAUGAUAUAUUAGGAGUUCUUUCUUUGAUUUUCUAUACACUCACCAUCAUUCCUUUGAUCAAAUACGUCUUCAUCGUUCUUCGUGCAAACGAUAACGGCGAAGGAGGAACGUUUGCGUUGUAUUCGCUUCUAUGCCGAAACGCGAAAGUGAGCUUAUUGCCUAGCCAAGAAGCUGAAGACAGAGAAGUUUCUACAUUUAAUUUGCAAAUCCCAAACAAUGAAGUUAAGCUUGCAUCGAAGCUCAAAUCGAGACUGGAAAAUAGUGCAUUUUCCAAAUAUUCUCUCCUCUUCGCCACCAUGCUCGCCACUUCCAUGCUCAUUGGCGAUGGAAUCCUCACCCCUUGUAUCUCAGUUUUAUCAGCCGUAGGAGGGAUCAAGGAAGCUAAAUCUCUAGCCCAUGUGCUGACUGAUGAUAGGAUUGUGUGGAUUUCAGUUGCAAUCUUGGUGGUUCUAUUUGCUGUUCAAAGAUUUGGUACAGACAAAGUAGGGUAUAGUUUUGCUCCAAUUAUGUUUUUAUGGUUAUGUUUGAAUAUGGCAAUUGGAACCUACAAUUUCUUCCAUCAUGAUCCCACUAUUAUAAAAGCCUUAAACCCUUGGUACAUAGUUGAGUAUUUCAAAAGAAACAAGAAAGAGGCAUGGAUUUCUCUAGGCGGUGUUAUCCUUUGCACUACAGGUGCUGAGGCAUUGUUCGCCGACGUUGGACAUUUCAGUGUUAAUGCAAUACGAUUAAGCAUGAGCACACUUGUUUAUCCCGCAAUUGUCUUAUCUUACACUGGCCAAGCUGCUUACCUUAUAAACAACACUGAUGAUUUUGCAGAUGCUUACUUCAAAUCAGUUCCAUCGCCUGUUUAUUGGCCAACUUUUGUGGUGGCUGUGUUGGCGGCUGUGAUAGCGAGUCAAUCGUUGAUAUCAGGGGCUUUCUCUGUUAUUCAGCAGUCUCUCUCGAUGGGUUGUUUCCCUCGUGUCACAGUUAUUCAUACGUCGGCUAAGUUUCAUGGGCAGGUUUACGUUCCUGAAAUUAACUACCUCCUCAUGGUGGCUUGCGUUUGUGUCACCUUUGGUUUCAAAACAACUACUAAAAUUGGAAAUGCAUAUGGUCUUGCCGUGGUGUUUGUGAUGACAUUAACGUCUGGAUUAUUGGUAUUGAUCAUGAUCAUUGUGUGGAAAACGAACAUACUUCUCGUGAUCACUUACACUUUAAUCAUAGGAGGUGUGGAGCUACUCUACUUGACGUCGGUCCUGUACAAGUUCAAUCAAGGCGGCUAUUUACCCUUUGCAUUUGCAUUCGUCAUGAUGACAGUCAUGUACGUGUGGAACCACGUUUACAGGAGCAAAUACUAUUACGAGCUGGAGAACAAAAUCUCCCCCGAGAAAGUUAAAGAGAUGACAGUUGACUCGAACUGUGUGCCCUUGCCAGGGCUAGCGAUUUUCUAUUCAGAGCUUGUCCAAGGAGUCCCGCCCAUCUUCAAGCACUACAUUGACAAUGUGCCUGCUUUGCACUCUGUUUUGGUUUUCGUUUCAGUCAAGUCUUUGCCUAUAAGCAUAGUGCCUUCAGAGGAGCGUUUCCUUUUUCGUCGAAUUCAACCAAGGGAGCUCAAUGUUUUUCGUUGCGUGGUGAGGUACGGUUACAUAGAUGCAAGGAACGAACAAGAGCCGUUUGAGAGAAUGCUCGUGGAAAGGCUAAAGGGGUUCAUAAGGGAGGAGGUUAUUUUCUUAAAGGAAAGUAACGUUGAAAAGAAGGAGGAGGAUAACGAGAUAGAAGAAUUGAUGGAAAGGGAGGUUGAGUUGUUGGAAAAGGCUUGGGGGUCGGGUGUGGUUCAUUUUAUGGGCGAGAGCGAAGUGGUGGCGGGGAAUGGAGCCGGGAUUAUGAAGAAAGUGUUGAUUGGAUCGUAUAAUUUUUUGAAAAAGAAUCUGAGGCAGUCGGAGAAAGUGUUCGAUAUUCCUCGAAAGAGGAUGCUAAAAGUGGGGAUGACUUAUGAACUUUAA